AUGUCAAACCCCCAGCCAUACAAAGCAUUUCGACGCGCGAGUGGCAGUGUACCCCACACGCUUGAGCUAGUUACAGAGACUACUCCUUCCUCGCUUGGUCCUGAGGAAGUCCUGAUCCGCAUCCAUGCUGUCUCUCUGAAUUUUAGGGAUGUUGCGAUGACAAACGGGGAGUAUCCGCUACCGGUCAAGGAACGGGGUGUCCCUACAUCUGAUUGCGCCGCAGAGGUUGUCGCCGUCGGCUCCACAGUGAAGGAUUUUCGACCCGGAGAUCAUGUCCAGCCACUCUCUGAUCUGAAGGCCAUGAUCGGAAAUGAGCAGGAAACGGCAACACUGGGUGGAGACGUUGACGGUGUUUUGCGACAAUUUGCUGUGUUUGAUCAUAAAGUGCUGGUCCAUUUGCCUGAGCAUCUGUCAUGGGAGGAAGCAUCUUGUAUUCCUAUUGCUGGAGUUACCGCAUGGACAGCCUUAGAAAUGCCGAGAUCCAGUGGCACGGCAUUGCUUCAAGGCACUGGAGGCGUCAGUAUGUUUGCUUUGCUGAUCUGCCUGGGGGCUGGUAUCCGCCCUAUUAUCACCUCUUCCUCCGACAUGAAGCUUGAAACGGCCAAGGCAGUUGAUAAGCCAGGGGCUGUAGAUGUUAUCAACUACCGAACUCACCCUAACUGGGAUGAGGAAGCACGCCGACUCACAAAUGGACGCGGCGUCGACGUUGUUAUCGAGAAUGUUGGGAUGACUACGGUUACCAAGUCUCUUGCCUCCCUUGCGCGGAGAGGCACCGUUUCCUUGGUCGGCUUCCUGGGCGGCUUCAAAGUCGAUCAGUUUCCCGAUACCAUUACUCCGGUACUGCUGAAGAGUGCCACUCUGAGAGGAAUUGCGACCGGCUCAAAGACCGAUCAUCAGAACCUGUGCAACUUCCUGAAGGAGAAAAAGAUUUCGCUGAAGCCUAUUGUGGACCGCGUCACCUUUUCUUUUGAAGAAUCACAGGCCGCCUUCGAUUACCUGUAUGCCGCUAAACAUAUGGGUAAGGUCGUGAUCAAACUGUAA